ACGACGGUGCGCCACUUUCCACACCGGACUGACGCUAGCGCAACAAGCAUGGGAUUACUGCGUGCGUAAUGCUGCUGCGACGCCACCGCGGGACCAUGUGAGACCUCCCGGAUCCUCCCGCUGUCGUCUUUUUUCUCACCCUCUCUGCGUGUGGAUACCCUAAAGGGCCAGAUAAGCAAAGGGGGGCCCAAGUUUGGCGCAAAAAGAGGAUUUGCACGCCGCCAACGAACAUGGACUCGCCUCUAUUGAACCCCCAGGCCCCUUUUUUUCCAACCUUUCCCAAAAGCUGGUAAAUAAUAAUACAAAUAAUAAUAAUAACUUGAUGACCGUGAAGACCCCCGACACCGGAUUCUAACACCUCGCCCAGAUUUGGAUUUGUCAACACCAUGAACUUUAUUGACAGUUUGACAUUAUUAUUUCUGACGCUGUCGGCUGUCAAGAGUGCCAACGUACCGAGGGAAGCAGAGAGAGGUCCGCAUGACGUGAUCCCCUUAAUGGAGGUGUACAACAAGAGCUUGUGUAAGCCUCGGGAGCUGCUGGUGGAGAUCUUGCAGGAGUACCCCGAGGAGGUGGAGCACAUCUUCAUCCCGUCGUGCGUGGUGUUGACGCGCUGCGCCGGCUGCUGCAACGACGAGACCCUGCAGUGCACGCCCACGUCCAGCUAUAACGUGACGAUGGAGAUCAAAAGAAUAAAAACGCAAAGGCAACAAAAUGAUAUCUUCAUGAGUUUUACAGAACACAGCGCAUGCGAGUGUAGGUUAAAGAAAGAAGUGAAAGAAUUGAAAGAAAAUGUUUGCAAGCCGUGCUCGGAGAGAAGAAAGCAUUUGUUCGUGCAGGAUCCGCUAACCUGUCGCUGCUCGUGCAAACACACGGACGAGUUUUGUAAAGAUCGCCAACUAGAGCUCAACGAGAGGACUUGCAGAUGUGACAAGCCCAGAAGAUGAGAGGGGACGGAGGAGGGAGCAGCACAUGUAACAAGAAUGAAGGAAUACUCUGAUAUAUUAUUAUUCCUUGAAUACAAUAUAAGAGAUAUUUCACAGCACAGCACUUUCACCUUUUUUCUGACCCACCCACCCGUGGAAAGCAUUCCGCGUUUUGGAGAGAGAGACUCGCCUUUUCCAGCCCAACUGUACAUCUAGAUGACUUGUGUGUGUAAGUGUGUGUACACAAUGGUUUGCUGCUACAAAUCCGACCACCAGGCCACCUGGUUUUUGUUCUUUUUGCCUUUUAAUAACCGUCGCUUUCACUUCACUGGAUGUGAGUCUACUGUGCUGGUGUGCCAAGACGCUGUAAGAUUUAACUGAACUAGAAAAAGAAGAAGAGGAGGAGGAGGAGGAGGAGGAAAAAGGAGGAGCGCUUCGGCAUGGAUUCAAACAUGGAUGUCUUGCUUUAAUGUGGAAGACAAAUAGGACAGCGGGUGGGAAUCUUCCACAAGACGGCUGCCUUUCUUCCAAGGAGUGAAUUUUAAAGGGAUACUGAAAUGAAAACCACUGAAAAAAAAACUGUACUGGCGGAACAAGAAGAAAUAACAGUGCUAAAGACAGACUACAGAAAUUUGUGAAGUGCUUUAUAAAUUAUUUGCCAGAGGA